AUGACUAUAGUGGCAUAUUCAAAAAAAAGUUGUUUAGUUUUGGUCACAGUUUUAGAGACAAUUCAAAGUCAUUUUGGAUUACAAAGCAAAGGAGAACAAGGCAGUGGAGGACAAGGCAGUGGAGGACAAGGCAGUGGAGGACAAGGCAGUGGAGGACAAGGCAGUGGAGGACAAGACAGUGGAGAACAAGGCUGUGGAGGACAGAGCAGUGGAGAACAAGGCUGUGGAGAACAAGGCUGUGGAGGACAAGGCUGUGGAGGACAAGGCUGUGGAGGACAAGGCUGCGGAGAACAAGGCUGUGGAGAACAAGGCUGUGGAGAACAAGGCUGUGGAGGACAAGGCAGUGGAGGACAAGGCUGUGGAGGACAAGGCUGUGAAGGACAAGGCAGUGGAGGACAAGACAGUGGAGAACAAGGCAGUGGAGAACAAGGCAGUGGAGGACAAGGCAGUGGAGAACAAGGCAGUGGAGAACAAGGCAGUGGAGAACAAGGCUGUGGAGAACAAGGCAGUGGAGAACAAGGCAGUGGAGAACAAGGCAGUGGAGAACAAGACAGUGGAGAACAAGACAGUGGAGAACAAGACAGUGGAGAACAAGACAGUGGAGAACAAGGCAGUGGAGGACAAGGCUGUGGAGAACAAGGCUGUGGAGAACAAGGCAAAAGACAAAUCACAGGAGGACAAGACAGUGGAGAACAAGGUUGUGGAGAACAAGGCUGUGGAGAACAGGGCAAAAGACAAAUCACAGGAGGACAAGACAGUGGAGAACAAGACAGUGGAGAACAAGACAGUGGAGAACAAGGCAGUGGAAGACAAGGCAGUGGAAGACAAGGCAGUGGAGGACAAGACAGUGGAGAACAAGACAGUGGAGAACAAGACAGUGGAGAACAAGACAGUGGAGAACAAGACAGUGGAGAACAAGACAGUGGAGAACAAGACAGUGGAGAACAAGACAGUGGAGAACAAGACAGUGGAGAACAAGACAGUGGAGAACAAGACAGUGGAGAACAAGACAGUGGAGAACAAGACAGUGGAGAACAAGACAGUGGAGAACAAGACAGUGGAGGACAAGACAGUGGAGGACAAGACAGUGGAGGACAAGACAGUGGAGGACAAGACAGUGGAGAACAAGGCAGUGGAGAACUAGGCAGUGGAGAACUAGGCAGUGGAGAACAAGGCAGUGGAGGACAAGGCUGUGGAGAACAAGGCUGUGAAGAACAAGGCAAAAGACAAAUCACAGGAGAACAAGACAGUGGAGAACAAGGUUGUGGAGAACAAGGCUGUGGAGAACAGGGCAAAAGACAAAUCACAGGAGGACAAAUCACAGGAGGACAAGGCAGUGGAGGACAAGGCAGUGGAGGACAAGGCAGUGGAGGACAAGGCAGUGGAGAACAAGGCAGUGGAGAACAAGGCAGUGGAGAACAAGGCAGUGGAGAACAAGGCAGUGGAGAACAAGGCUGUGGAGAACAAGGCAGUGGAGAACAAGGCUGUGGAGGAUCAACACAGGAUAUCAAGUAA